AUGAUAUCAAUAAAAGGAACCGGAAGAUUUCUCCUCGAUAACUAUAGAAUUUGGCAGAGGCGUGCAUUCAACAGACCAAUACAGUUAAGAAAAGGCUAUAAAGUUUUAGCCAUUGAGACUUCUUGCGAUGAUACAUGCGUUUCAGUUUUGGACAGGUUCUCAAAAAGUGCAGCUCCUAAUGUGCUAGCCAAUUUGAAAGAUACUUUAGAUAGUAUUGACGAAGGAGGUAUUAUACCAACAAAGGCUCAUAUCCAUCACCAAGCUCGGAUAGGACCCUUAACCGAAAGAGCCCUGAUAGAAAGCAAUGCGAGAGAAGGAAUUGAUCUCAUAUGUGUUACAAGAGGCCCUGGUAUGCCUGGUUCAUUAUCAGGAGGAUUAGAUUUUGCAAAAGGUUUAGCUGUUGCCUGGAACAAACCACUGAUUGGUGUGCAUCACAUGCUGGGACACUUGCUGAUACCAAGAAUGGGUACAAAUGGAAAAGUGCCUCAAUUUCCCUUUGUUAGCCUGCUGGUUAGUGGUGGUCAUACUACGUUUGUUUUGUCACGAGCAAUUGACGAUCACGAAAUAUUAUGUGAUACUAUCGAUAUUGCAGUGGGUGACUCAUUAGAUAAAUGUGGCAGAGAGCUUGGAUUCAAGGGAACAAUGAUCGCUAGAGAAAUGGAGAAAUUUAUUAAUCAAGAUAUUAACGACCAAGAUUUUGCUUUAAAACUAGAAAUGCCCAGUCCGUUAAAAAACAGCGCUAGUAAAAGAAACAUGCUUUCGUUUUCGUUUUCAGCAUUUAUCACAGCAUUAAGAACUAAUUUGACAAAACUAGGUAAAACAGAAAUCCAGGAACUGCCAGAACGCGAAAUACGGUCAAUUGCAUAUCAAGUACAGGAAUCUGUUUUCGACCAUAUAAUAAAUAAACUGAAGCACGUGCUCAAGUCACAACCGGAAAAGUUUAAAAACGUGCGUGAAUUUGUAUGUUCUGGUGGAGUGAGUAGUAAUCAAAGGUUGAGAACAAAAUUAGAAACGGAAUUGGGGACGUUGAACUCCACAAGCUUUUUUAAUUUUUAUUAUCCUCCUAUGGACCUUUGUAGUGACAACUCUAUUAUGAUCGGCUGGGCAGGUAUCGAGAUAUGGGAAAGCUUACGAUUAGUUAGUGAUUUAGAUAUAUGUCCAAUUAGGCAAUGGCCAUUGAAUGACCUAUUAAGUGUUGAUGGUUGGAGAACGGACCAGCUAUGA